CGAGAUCACGUACCCCGGGAGGGGAGAAAAAAAAUACACUACAUCUCCCAGCGUCCAAUCGGCAGAGCAACCUUUCGCCCGCCUCCCUUCACGCCCGUCUUCCCUGCGUGGGAGACACGCAUGCGUCUCCUCCAACCGCAGCUGCCCGCUAUUGGCUGGGGCGGCCUCUUGCGAUGAUGACGCUUUGGGGCAAAGGGGAGGCGACGAGGGAACGGGAAGAGCGGGAGCGGAGGCGGCCGGCGAAGAAGGUGGAGGGGGCGGGAUUCCCGGAGGCGCCGGCGGCACCGUGGGGACUCCCUCCCUCCCACCUAGCCACCCCCUCAGCAUUGGGCGCAGCUGGGCCCCGGAGUGCGGAAGCGUCUGAACUAGCCGGUCGUGUCAUCACCAGUUCCUGGAACCAGUAAGGACCUUUCUUUAAAAACCCUGGUCUCAUGAGUGAAUCAACAGCUCUCGGGAAUGCCAGCUUUCUGGAACCAGUCCUGCGGCUCAGGACAGGGCACAUGCCUGAAUCUCCUCAGCAGGAAAAUCAUAACAGUGAUCAAUCUAGUGAGCGGGGACCCCUCUUAGUGGACUCACCUACAUCUUCUGAAAAGGAAAAGAUUUCAGACAGCGAUGGGGCUGACAAUUCAACUCAGGAAGAUGAAGGGUUCAUGGGGAUGCUGCCUCUUCUCCAAGCCCACCAUGCAAUGGAGAGAAUGGAAGAGUUUGUAUGUAAGGUGUGGGAGGGUCGAUGGCGUGUCAUCCCCUUUGACGUCUUGCCGGACUGGCUCAAGGACAAUGACUACCUGUUGCAUGGUCACCGGCCACCCAUGCCUUCCUUCCGGGCUUGCUUCAAAAGCAUUUUCAGAAUACAUACAGAGACUGGCAACAUUUGGACACACCUACUAGGGUGCGUUUUCUUUCUGUGUUUGGGAAUCUUCUACAUGUUCCGGCCAAACAUGUCUUUUGUAGCACCUGUGCAGGAGAAAGUGGUAGUUGGAUUGUUCUUUUUGGGAGCCAUUCUCUGCCUCUCCUUCUCAUGGCUGUUCCACACAGUUUACUGCCAUUCAGAAGGCGUUGCAAGACUCUUCUCUAAGCUGGACUAUUCUGGCAUUGCCCUCCUCAUUAUGGGCAGCUUUGUCCCAUGGCUGUACUACUCUUUCUACUGCAACCCCCAGCCCUGUUUCAUCUACUUGAUUGUGAUCUGUGUCCUGGGCAUCGCAGCCAUCAUUGUUUCCCAGUGGGACAGGUUUGCCACCCCUCAGUAUCGAGGAGUACGAGCAGGAGUGUUUCUGGCUCUGGGCCUUAGUGGGGUCAUUCCCACCCUGCAUUUUGUCAUCUCGGAAGGGCUCCUCAAGGCUGCCACAAUGGGGCAAAUAGGCUGGCUGGCACUCAUGGCCUGCCUCUAUAUCACUGGCGCUGCACUGUAUGCUGCUCGCAUCCCGGAGAGGUUCUUCCCGGGCAAGUGUGACAUCUGGUUCCACUCCCACCAGCUAUUUCAUGUGUUUGUAGUAGCUGGUGCUUUUGUGCACUUCCAUGGCGUUUCAAACCUUCAAGAGUUUCGUUUUGCAGUGGGAGGAGGCUGCUCGGAAGAUGAGAUGUAGUAGAAUUGGCCACGUGUCAACAGCCAUAACCAAAACAGAACUUUGGGAGCAACAAGACUGCACCUUGCCUAGAAUGGUGUGGAAGCUUUGUGGAGACUUGAUUUAUAACAUGGAAGAGAAAUUCAUACCUCAAGCAUUGGAGUGGAUUGAUUAUGAAACCCUGGAAGGUCUUAAAACCUAACUUAUUUCUGGGAUCUUCAGCUUCCGCUACAGAAAGCCCUUUCUUAAUCAGCUUCCGUUCAAUGCCAUAUUUAUUUGUAAAAAAAUGAAAGGGUUGUUAUGGGGAGGUGGCUUAGCUAUUUUUUUUCUUUUUUAAAAAAAAUUAGCCUAAUUAAGAUUUGUAUCUUGUUCAGGUAAGUUGAUUUUUAGAUGCUCUUUUGGGAGAAAAAAAUGUAAAUAAGAUUUCUAACUUUCUGUUUAAAAAAAGUUUAUAUAAAUGUUUUAAAAACUGGAGGGAGGGUAGAGGGGUUUUGUAUAGGUUACAACCUGCAAGUACCACACACUGUUCCUAUUUUGCACGAGUACAAGGCCAGGUGAAAUCCCUGCAGAGUAAGCAUCUGGAUCUGGUAGAUUCUUCCUAGUGCUGGUGUAUAUGACAUAGCUGAGACACAGCAGACUCAGUCUGGGGACAAGUAUUGGUUCACAGUCUUAACUUGCAGUCCAGGCUGCUGUGUGUUCAGAAGGCAAAGGUGUUGUGCCACUGUUCUGUGUUCCCUUCACAGGACAUGCCUUCCAAACUCUCGGGGCAAAUGUUUUGGAUGGUCUUCCUUUCACCAUCCUUUUACUGUGUUGGGAUCCAAUAGUUUAAGGCUCAAGGUGGUAUGUAUUGACUUUUUCGGAUUUAUUGUCAGUGUUUCACCAUUCAUUUGGGCCUGCCAAUUUCUUUAUCCAAGUGCAAUUGUUAGUGUCAGGCACCUGCCUCUUAGAUGAGCCAGGAAGGAGAAAUGGUCUUAGUAGGGUAGGGAGAAGUAUACAAGAAAGGAAUUGUGUACUUGAGGGAGGAGGAUUGUCUAUCAACAUGUGAAUCCAUUUUGGAUUGGUUAAUUUUAUUUCUGAAUUAUAACAGCACUAAAGUUGUCUAUAUUAAAUCUGCUGAGCUCCACUUGAAUGCAGUGCAACAUACUUUGAUGCAACAGCUUUUAAUCUCCUUGCUAAAGUAGUGCUUAGAACCAAGUGCUGGUUGGCACUUUAAAUUCUUCCUUAGAUAGCUUCACUGUCAGGUUUGUGAAGCAUGUUGGCUCUGUAGAGAACAUUUGGACAAAAUGUGAAGCUUUGAAUUUAUGAACAGAGUCUCACAAAAAGUACAGUUAGUUUUGCCCAUAGUAAAUUAAGCACAAGGAUUUUUUUUAAUUGUAAUUGUUUAGGGUUUUUUAUGGGAUGAUAGAAUUGUUCACAACUUAACCCUACUUUAGAUGAUCACAAUAUAUAUUAUUUUCAUAUUUCCUGCACCACCUCUUGAAUUGAUUCUUCUAAUUUGACCCCCUCAAAAUAGAAUAUUUGAAGUGAUGAAAUCUACAAAAGGUGCUUAACUGGUGCUUGUGUGCAGCUUCACAUUUGUGUAUUCUGGGUAGGAUCACCGUGCUGAAUGCAUAUUCUUGAGUUUUUGAUCCUAGACUGAAAACAACAGUAUUAACUGAACCUCUUAAUAAAACAGUGUAAAGGUUUUUGAAACUUCCCAGUGGCAUAUAUAGGUGUUGGUGUAAAGAUGGCUUACCUAAUUAGUGAUAGUGAUGGAUACAUAUCAGACCCACACCUACCACUUCUGAGCGUAACCUCUCUACAUACCAGCAGAAGCUGUACUCCCUCCUCCUAGAUUGUCCUGUGCUCACUCUUAAAAGGGGAAACCUGGUCUAACAGCACAGAACCUGUACAGAAACACAGUGCUCCAUUUGCUAUUCUUAAUCCCUCAUUGGUCUCUUAGGACAUUUUUGUCCCAAUAGAAACUGCUUUAGUUGUGCACUUUUCUGUGGUGCUUGCUGAGACUUCUUCCCAGGUUGGCACCUGAAUGCCUUACUCUCAGCAAUCAGAGGUUUGCUUGCUUUCUCUUUAUCCGUGAAGGUUUCCAGCAUAGUGUAGUUGAGAUUACAGAUCUCUCCAUUCUUCCACCCAUUAACUAGCGGCCUUGUUCAGUAUUUUCUUUUUAACAAUUGCUUACUGUUGGAGGCAACAAAGCACAUCUUGAAUUUUGAAGAUUGGGUUCUCCAGACAAUGGGAUCUCAUUACUUGUUGUAUUCUAACUUCUAAUAAAAAGAAUAAAUGCA